AUGAAUUCCUCGUUAAUAUCAACAACGCCAGUCAGUCAGCCUCAGUGUCCCUCUCGACUCAUUUUUUGGCAGGAUGAUCCUUCCUUUACUGCUUCACCGUUUGUUCCCUCGAACAUGGUCAAGUGGUUUCAUGAACGCUGGUAUCGCUUUGGAAGAAGCAAUGAUUUGGUUAAUUUCAUAAUAAAUAACGAUGAUAAUGACAGUGAUGAUGGACAAUAUAGAACGGGUUUGUUUGCCACCACCAUCAUUACCGGAACCAUUAUCUUCAUUUGGAUGUCCCUGAUACUCGUGUAUUCUCAACGGCGACGCCACAAACUGCCGGGACAAAAGAAACAGCAAGAUAUUUACCGCAAAAUUAAGCAAAAGGAAGUACUCUUACAAUAUGAACAGGACGAAGAAGAAAACAAAUACUUUGGAAGACCCUUUUCCAAGCCACUGCCACCGAGAGAACCUGAAAAGCCAGAGGAGCUUGUUGACAACAAUACUGACCCUUCAACUGAAAUCGCGUCAUCUCUCAGUCCAGAAGAACAGAAAUUGCGCGAAACUAGAAUACGAGACUACAAUCGAGACCUGCGGAGGUAUCAAUCGGAUCUAGUUGGUUGGAACUACGCCAGAGCGGUCUACAAGCGACGCAUCAACUGUACGCGCAUCACAGUGGUGGUAGGAUGUCUAGUCGUCAUUAUAGGCUCGACACUCUUUUACAUCCAAGGAGCCAAGCAUUUAUCAAAAGCGGUCCAGGAUUCCAAAGUUACUUUAACACAAGUCCAAACGGAUACCCAACAAGAAAUGGAUCGGAUACAAGGCUUUCUCGACUUUUCGCAAUCGUCCAACAUUACUCAAAUUCUGGAUCACACCAAUUCCUAUUGUCCUUUGGUGAAACCGCGGAUUUGCAGGAAUUUGCUGUUGGACGAAGAUUGCGAUUGGAGUGGAAUACCACACGGUAGCUUGGUGAAGAGUUGGAUCUCGACCUUGAUUCAGUAUCAGACCAAAAUGUCAAAUACCAUGCACAACUUGCACCACGACUUACAUUCCAGCCAAGUGGAAAUUGACGAUUGGGUAUCCACCUUGGAAAAUAUGGAACUCGGUUUGACACUAUCCACAAUCUUUGUCUUUUUGCUGGAUGCACUCUGUCUCUACAUUUUAUUGGGGGUGGCACUCGCUUGGUCCAAACGACGAAAGGUUCCCAACUGUUUUAUUUGGAUUCGAUCCUAUUGUCUCAUUCCGCUCUUUGCAUUGGUGGUAGUAGUCUGUUGGAUAUUUGCAUCGACCUUUGUGCUAGCAUCCCUGACGACGAGUGACUUUUGUCAUGAUGGGCCGACGGAAAAGGUGGUGGCCUUGGUGCAACGAGGCGACGGAUCAAUAUCGCCAACCUUGCGCGAUUUGAUUCGACAUUUUGUGACCAGCUGUUCGAAUGUCUUUGUUCCGGAUAUUUUCAGUUCGGAUAUUAAUCAACUCGUACAAAGUGUAAGGGAUACCAAAAUGCUACAAUCGAACAUUAUCAUUUUUGCCAAUGGGGACAUUAAAGAUACCUGUGGACCAUUUUCGGAAUCCAUAUUGUCGGGGGUGGCCAGCAUGGCCGAAGGGGAAUUGUGUCAGGCGGCUUCCAUCUUGCACGAAACGAGAAUCCAUGCGGCCUGUAGCACAUGGAAUCCAAUCUUUACAUCCUUGGCACAAGACAUGCUUUGCAAUGAUGCCAUGGAUGCCUUUGCUUGGAUUACAUUUAGUCAACUGGUCAUUGUGUUUGUGUCCAUGGUCAUUCUCACAUUUCGAGUGGCCAUACUGCCAGUCAAAUAUGUCCGGUGGCAACCACGGGCCAGGGCCUUGUCUCGGCAAGUGACGGCGGAUCUCAAGAAAAUAUCGGCAUUGGCCCAGGCGGUAUCACAAGAAACAUUGAAGAAUACCAAAAUCGAACCAGUCUAUCAUUUGGGAUAUGCAUCCAGUAGUUCCAGUGGCACCUCGGAAUCAAUAUCAGAUUAUGCAGAGGUAUCUACCACAGAGCCAAGUUAUUACAGCGACUCUAACAGCUUGCAAAAUCCAUCUGGCACCUUGCCACUGUUACGGCCUCCAGAGAUUCCGCCCAAAAUGGUGGAUUACGAGGAAGAUUCCAGCGAGUCACCCAAGAAGACAGAAUCGAACAAGACCUUGGUAUCAUCCAACCAACAGCAGGCGGCACCAAUCAUGACACAAGUAGUAUUGGAGAUGGAAGAAUACGAAUCAGAUGACGUGGACGAUGAGAAAAAGCCAGAAUCAGAAUCUCUUCAUUCGGAAACCAUCCAACCUGCUUCGCAGCAAUCCCUGAUUAGUACAACAGCUUCCUCCACUCCAUUAGAAAAACCAGAGUCGUACUCUAUUCAUUCAGAAAGCGUGCCUGUGUCGCAACGGUCCAUGACGAGUAGAGGGGGGUCUAUAGACUCUUCGGUUGAGGAUGUGGUCAAGCCUGAGAGUGCCAUCCGAGUGUUAAUGGCAAAAGGUGCAUCGGUACGGCAAAAAAUUCAAUCGGAUGAUUCCUCGUUUGAAGAAAUCACAUUCCUGGAAGACAGCGACUUUGAGGAGGCCACGUGCUAUUCAAUGAGCAGCCACAAGAGAACCAGCGAUAGCAGUAUGGAGGGAUCGAGGAGGAGCAACAGCAAUUCGGAGCGGAAGUCGCUAGUGUCCGGACACUCAAGGCGGUCAGAACGAUAUCUCCUCAGCCUUGAUGAUGUCGCCGAAGAAUCUCCUCUGGCCAAUAGCCUUUCGCCGAAACCAAGUACGAAAGUUCCUCGAUUUGCUCCUGGAAAUGCAUUCAUGGAUCGUCUUUCCAUUGAUAACACGACUCCAUCAAACAAGGCUGCGAAAAGGCCACCGAAACAAAUGUCACUGCCACUGGAGGUUGAGCUUGGCAGAUUAAAUGCACGGGCAGACACGGCUUCCUCACUUUGUGGAUCCAUGACAGAUGGCUCUAAAUCUUUGUCUGCGGAGAGCGAAAGCAAUGCUUUGGAAGCUUCGUCAACUAAUGAGCAGGCCAAAUUGCUUGCAGAAUCUGAUGCUGGCAUCGAGCCGCCACAAAAUCCAGAACGCAAAGAUGAUACCAGGAGAUCGUCGAGAAGCUUGAGAAAUCUCGAAGAAGUAAGAAACGGUGAGCUAACAAAGGGUGGUGACGAGUCGUUCCACUUCAGCUUGAACUUGGAUAUGGAAACGUAUCACAGUACCGACUUUGGCGAUUUCAGUGCAUCCGAAGGAACUAAUCAGGACACCUUUGCAGCUGCCGAAUAUGAAAUCAUAGAAGAAGUCAUUCCACCAGACCAGAUAUCCCAAAGAAACCUACGUCGCUCGACUUCCAUCAGUGCACUGUCAGUAGAUCUCGAUGACCCUGCUUACACCUCCUUUACUUCAGAAGAAUUGGUGAAGGAUUCAGACGCCAAAGUCUCAUCACAUAGUAGGAGAACUGUAAAUGGCGACGACAAGGGAGUUGACGCGCAACUUCAAUUUCAGAAAGAACUGCUUUGGGAUACAAGCGGCAUGCAGACCAAACUAGAAGACGAAAGUUGGAACAAUAACGACGAUACCACUGCACAUGCAACAGCAUCAAAGCAUAUUGAUAUUAGCGCAUUGCAGCAACGUGUCGAUAGCAUACGAUCGCUUGGAUCUUCGUCCGCCGGUUUACCGAGGGCUAUUGAUUCUGAGAUGCUUGCAGUUGUUGACGAGGCGUGGACAGAAGACCUAAGAGAUGAAAAAGCGCCAUCUUGUGUUCCACCGAAAGCACAAAUGAGAAACCUCGUCAAAAACUUGCGAUCGAAGCAACGCAGUUGGCGUGCAGACAGUGUGAGAUCACAUGGAUCAGGUCAGUCAGACCAGCAGCGUAAGAAACCUUGGCGUGCAGAUAGUGUGAGAUCAUUUGGAUCAGGCCGACCAGACCAGCUCUCUAGACUCUCUGGGGGAGACGCCAGCAUGCUUUCACUCAAUUCUGAUGAUUUGAUGUGGCCGUCUGGCUCGACAAAUUUAUCAGGUGAAUUUGAAUUCAGGAAGCCAAAGAGUAAUCGGUCUUUGGUUAGUUCCCCGUCCAUUGCUAUCAGUGCCGCCACGAUGAAUGAAAAGCAAUUCUACCUUGACGAUAUGGGUGAAUCCUCGGAUAGCUUUGGAUAUGCAGUAUUGCCAUCAAGAGCCAUUGAUUCCGAGAUGCUUGCUGUUGUUGACGAGUCAUGGAGGGAUGAUGUUCAAGACCAAGAAAUGCCAUCGAGUCAACAAGCAAAGGCACAUAUGAGAAACCUGGCGAAGAAAGUCCAGCCUCAACCUCAGCAGCGCAACCGCACCCAACCAAAAGACAUUUUUUUACAGAAGCGACCAGAUAGUAUUCGUUCGCUUGGAAUGGACAGCUUUUCAGGGAGCAUGUCUGGAGGUCUUUCAACAAGCCUAUCCGACGAUUUCGACAACUCCUUCGAUAAGCCGAAGAAACCAAUGAGUGGCUUAUCCUUAGUAUCCAAUUCACCGUCUAUUGCCAUCAGUGCAGCGACUCUUAAUGAAAAGCAGUACCGCCUUGACGAUAUGGGUGGAUCGAGCGACAGCUUUGGACAGGCAAUGUUGCCAUCAAGAGCCAUGGAUUCUGAGAUGCUAGCUGUUGUCGAUGAAACAUGGGCUGAAGAUGCACAAGAGUCACCAUCGCCAGCAAAAAAACAAUUGGAAAUGCUCUACAAGCUGGACGAAAAGACAGCACCUAUGACACAGUAG